AGUUUCUGAUGGCACAGAUUUCUGCCCAUAGAAAGUAGUUUCAAAUAGUAGAAUUCAUUAAAGCUAAAAAGGCUUGUUUCAGACUGAGGGGCUAAGUCAGUCAAGAUCAGGACUGUCCUCUCGCUUCUGUAUAAUCAGGUAAAAAAGCUUUCUUUAUGUAAAGUGUUAAAUAUUCUCCGUGUUCCCACCCAGAUGGAAUGAACUGCAUGAACAAGGACCACGGCUGCGCCCACAUCUGCAGGGAAGCUCCGGGGAAAGGCGGCGUGUCGUGUGAAUGCCGUCCUGGCUUUGAGCUGGCCAAAAAUCAGAAGGACUGCACAUUGACCUGUAACUAUGGAAAUGGCGGUUGCCAGCACACAUGCAACGACACAGACACGGGGCCUGUGUGUGGCUGCCACCAGAAGUAUGCCCUGCACUCAGACAGCAAGACCUGCAUUGAGAAAGAUGAGGCUGCAAUUGAGAGCUCUGAGUUCAAUGCCACGUCAGUAGCUGAUGUGGACAAGCGGGUGAAACGGCGGCUACUUAUGGAGACCUGUGCCGUCAACAACGGCGGCUGCGACAGGACGUGUAAAGACACAGCUACGGGGGUGCGUUGCAGCUGCCCUGUGGGAUUCACCCUCCAGCCUGAUGGAAAAACAUGCAAAGACAUUGAUGAAUGCCAGGAGAAUAACGGAGGCUGUGACCACUUCUGCCGAAACACUGUGGGCUCCUUUGAGUGCAGCUGCCAAAAAGGCCACAAACUUCUCACAGAUGAAAGGACAUGCCAAGACAUUGAUGAGUGCUCCUUUGAGAGAACCUGUGAUCACACAUGCAUCAACUACCCUGGCAGCUUUGAGUGCUUGUGCAACAAAGGAUACAUCCUGUACGGUCUGACUCACUGUGGAGAUAUCGAUGAGUGCAGCAUCAACAACGGCAGCUGUGAGUACGGCUGCAUAAACACCCAGGGCAGCUACGAGUGCGUGUGUCCACCCGGACAGAAACUCCACUGGAACAAGAAAGAUUGCAUCGAGGGAGUGAAAUGUCUGCCCAAUGGGAAGCCAGCACCUCGAGCCCAGCUAACCUGCAUCAAGAGCGGAGGAGCUGAGGUCUGCUCACUGUCCUGCCCCUCCAAUGCCCUCUUCCUCGCAGACUCAGAGAACAGCUACACACUGAGCUGCGGAGUGCCCGUGCAGCCUGGUAAACCUCCUCAGAAGAGGAACGUCACCACGGCUUUACCCGCCUGUGCCGACACGUUGGCACCACCCAUCAAGCAGAAGGCCAGGUUUAAGAUCAAAGAUGCCAAGUGUCACCUGAAGCCCCGCAACAAGGAGAAACACCGAGAUGUAUCCAAGCAGAACAUCCAAGGAGGCCAGUUCCCCUGCACCGAUGACUGCCAGGUAACGUUUGUCAACCUCAAGUGUGACUCAUCUAAGAAGCGCCGGCGAGGACGCAAAUCUCCUUCAAAGGAGGUUUCACACAUUACCGCUGAGUUUGAGAUGGAGAUGAAGGAGGAAGAUGCCUCAGAGUCGUGUAACGUGGACUGUGUGCGGGAGAGAAUGAAGCAGAGGCUGCAGAGUGCCAUGAGGACACUCAGAAAGUCCAUCACCAAACAGCAGUUCUACAUCCAGUUCUCUGGGACCGAAUAUGAAGUGGCCCAGAAGCCACCUAAGGCGGCAGAGGGUGCUGAGACCUGCAGCACAGGACAAGUCCUCAGAGAUGGAAAGUGUGUGAGCUGUGGUGUGGGGACAUUUUAUAGUGGGGAGCAAGAGCAGUGUGUCCAGUGUCCCCCUGGUACAUACCAGGACACGGUGGGACAACUUUCCUGUGAGCCAUGUCCCAGUACUGAAGGACAGGGAAUCGCUGGUGCCAAGAAUGUGUCCCAGUGUGGAGGUCAGUGUCCAGUCGGUCACUUUUCUGAUGAUGGGUUCCGCCCAUGCCAGCCCUGCGCACUGGGCUUCUACCAGCCAGAACCAGGCCGUGUCCUGUGCUUCCCCUGUGGAGGAGGCCUCAUGACCAAGUAUGAAGGAUCUGUGUCCUUCAGGGACUGUGAGGCCAGAGUGCACUGUGCUCCCGGGCAUUACUACAACUCCAGUACCCACCGCUGCAUCCGGUGCCCAGCAGGCACCUACCAGUCAGAAUCCAGCCAGAACUACUGCAUCACCUGCCCGGGCAACACCACCACCGACUUCGAUGGUGCUACCAACGUCUCCCAGUGCAAAAACCAGGUGUGCGGAGGGGAGCUGGGAGAGUACACAGGCUACAUUGAGUCUCCUAACUACCCUGGAGAUUACCCAUCCAACGUGGACUGUGUGUGGAUGAUAAAUCCACCACACAAGAGACGCAUCCUCAUUGUGGUGCCAGAGAUUUUCCUCCCCAUUGAGGAUGAAUGUGGAGACGUGCUGGUCAUGAGGAAGAGCGCCCAUCCCACCUCCAUCACCACUUACGAGACGUGUCAGACCUACGAGCGACCCAUCGCCUUCACCUCCCGCUCCCGUAAGCUCUGGAUCCAGUUCAAGUCCAACGAGGGGAACAGCGGCAAAGGCUUCCAAGUUCCAUACGUCACCUACGAUGAGGACUACCAGCAGCUGAUAGAAGACAUCGUGCGGGAUGGCAGGCUAUACGCCUCUGAGAAUCACCAGGAGAUUCUCAAGGACAAGAAGCUGAUAAAAGCCCUAUUUGAUGUGCUGGCUCACCCCCAGAACUAUUUCAAGUACACAGCAGCAGAGUCCAAAGAGAUGUUCCCUCGUUCUUUCAUCAAGCUGCUGCGCUCCAAAGUCUCCAGGUUCCUACGACCAUACAAAUAGACAGGCCCGUCUGCGGUCCUGGUCAACAACCCUGACAUCCUGCAUCAUUCCAAAUCCAGCAAACUAAAUGUAACCCAAACCCCCAUCCCACUUCUGCCCUGCCUCUGUCUAUUCAUCCAUGUAUAUUUGAGCUUUCUAACUCGUAAGACAUCACUAACAAUGGAGCUUUCUGUACAAGGUUUGACCGAUAGAGGUUUUUGAAGGCCAGUAUUUAUAUUUUUAUACUGUAUAUUGUAUUGAUAUAUUCUUUCUUAAAUUUGGAGAUUUUGCACUGAACUGUUAAUUACCACAGGCAUGCUAUCUGAGUAAGGGUUUAUCUGGCAGUAACAAUGAAUACAUAUUUUUCAGCAGAAACAGUACAGUAACUAUGGUAAUUUACUAAUUUAGUAAAAUCAUCUGGCAAAUAUUUCCUUUCUCUGAAUGUUUUAUAGAAUGUAUAUAAAGUGCAGCGAAACAGCAGUGUCCCAACCUGUAGGUAAUGGUACAUCCCACAUGUCAGUUUGUUUCAUCUGCAGGAGACCCCCAUGCCCACCGCCAAAAAACUGAAAUAUUACUUACAACAUGACCUUUUCCAUCUUUGUACUGUUUUAUAGUCUAGCUGAUCAGGCGUGAAAAGACCUGUAACUGUACGUCUCUCUUAAGAGUUAGACUAAAGCCCGAAUGCAGAACCCCGUGAAGGUGCAAGGGUGUUAUUCCCUGUCAGACUACUUCAAAUACAAAAUCCUGCAAGGUUAUGAGAACAUAACCAACACAGGCAAACAUGUUGCCUACUGCAGCUUUAACAAAACCUCAUCUUCUCAUCCAACUCAAAAACAAAGCAAAUUUAUCAACAUGUUGUUUAAAACAUGCACAUUAAAAAACUCUAAAGUCAUCUAAAAGUCUGAAUCCGCAUGCUAUUACACAGCAGCACUUAACAAAAGGCCAGCAUCAGCUACCCAAUGUAUCGGUCAAACUCUGUUUCUUCUUUUCUCACAGUCAUUUCCCUUUGUUUGCACAUUCUCUAACAACUGUAUUCUACAGUCUUCCUAUUUGCUUUCUGUGUUGUUAUGUCCUUUUUUAAUAUUUAUACUGAACAUUUUGGAACUUGCAGAGGGGCGCGCAGAUGUUUUAAAAAUGAUCUGCGAACAAGCGUGUGGACAUACACAGGUGCCCACGCAGAGCACAGCCUGAACUGGAUUUCUUUAUUGGCCCUGUCGUGCACAAGACAGAGAUGAGAAAA